GAGAUGAAAGUUCCUACGCGAAUACCCCUUCAGCUGGCUGUGCCUCGCUUGCAAUUUGUCCGACCCUUUCACCAAAGCAUCGCCAGAGCCGCCAAUGUCGCUCCGAUAGUCGGCGCUGGACCGCCUCCCGACCCCCCAACGCCAGCUGCCCGAAAUGCCCAGGAGCGUCUGGAGCGGCGAAGGAAACAUGCAGAGCUGCUCAAGACGGCCAGGGAGAUUCGAAGUGCGCAGGAGGGCAAGUCGGAGACUGUGGCCAGGAGGUUCUGGAAGGAGGUCACCGUACGAGAGGUUGACGGCGCAUUGCAAGUCCACCUCGACGCUCGACCCCUCAGACACCCCAACACCAAGGCCAUUAUUCGCCUGCCACUCUCGAAGCCGAACCUCGCCUCGGCCCUGGCUCUCGAGUGGGACAUUCUGACGUCUGCUCAGCAGGCCACAAAGCAGCACCUCAUCCCUCUCACCAGCCUCGUCUGCCGCGCUCUCGACAUUCUCGAAGACGACGCAUCCAACAGGCCUGAAGCCGCCAAGAUUCGCACAGCCAUCACCAACACCGUCCUGCGGUAUCUGGACACGGACUCCCUGCUGUGUUGGGCCCCUCCGGCGGGACCCCAUGACAGGAGGAACGAUGCUGGGGAGAGCCUGAGGGACGUCCAGAAGAAGGCUGCGGAGGAGACGGUCAGCUAUCUGACGACCCACGUGUGGCCUGGAAUUACCAUAGAACCUGUGCUCGAUGGCCACUCCAUCGUGCCGAGGAAACAGCCCGAGGGCGUCCGGGAGGUCAUCCAGGGAUGGGUCAUGGGCCUCGAUGCCUGGGAGAUUGCCGGACUGGAGAGAGCGGUGCUUGCUGGCAAGAGCUUCGUCGCCGCCGCGAGGAUCGUCGCAGAAUGGAGCGAAGGGGCCGUGGGCACUGGCCGAAUGCUGCCAUUGGGGCGGUUCAGCGUCGAGCAAGCCGCCAAGGCUACGAGCCUGGAGGUGGAUUGGCAGGCUGAGCAGUGGGGAGAGGUGGAGGAUACCCAUGACGUGAACCAGGAAGACGUGAGGCGGCAGCUGGGCAGCGUGGUCCUCCUAGUGUCUGGCACUGGAAAGCAGAGAUAUUGA